AUGCUCGGGGCCGCGUCGGAGGCGGGGAUGGGGGAUCGCGACCUCGCCGCGACGGUUCAUUUUAUCCAGGCCGCCGCCGCGAUCGAGCGGGAGGAACGCCAGGCCGCCCCGCCGCCAGCGAAGGAAGGGAUGGCGGAGGGGGGAAUCGACCCAAGAGCCGCGCGCGAGGCGGCGGAUAGGAGGGAGACUUUUGAGCCCCGCGGACUCUCCUCCGCGGCGUUUUUGUUCGAUGACGAACAGGGCGGUCACAACGGCGCGGAAACGGGCCCUGACGCGGGUGAGGCUGCCACGGGGGCCUCACGAACAACCCUCACCCCGAAAGAUGGAGGAAAAGGUAACGAAGCAGAGUCGCCGGAGUUCACGUUUGAAGACUUUUAUUGA